AUGGAUGAUGAUGACUUUAGUGACGCUGAUAUAAUUGGAAGAUUAAUUGUAGGAAAAUACAAAGUUGAACACAAACUUGGAAGUGGCUCAUUUGGUCAGGUGUAUUCUUGUAUCGACAUUGAAAGAAAAGAAACAUGGGCGAUGAAAGUCGAGUCACGACAUAUAAAUGAUAAUCGACAACUAUUCAUUGAAAAUAGAAUUUAUACAAUUUUAAAAGAUGGUCGAGGGUUUCCACGCGUCGCAUUUUACGGAAACGAAAACACAUUUGAUAUUUUAGUAAUUGAAUUAUUGGGACCGUCAUUGGAAGAUGUAUUCAACUACUGUGACCGAAAAUUCACCAUUAAAACAAGUCUAAUGGUAGUAGAUCAAAUGGUAUCUCGUAUAGAGUACGUUCAUACAUGUCAUAUUAUACAUCGCGAUAUAAAACCCGAUAAUUUUUUGAUGGGAAUAAAAUCAACAGCAAAUAUUGUCUAUCUGAUUGAUUUUGGAUUAUCGAAGAGAUACAGAGAUCCAGAGACUCUCAUUCAUAUUCCAUCUAAAAAAAAUAAGAGUUUAACAGGCACAGCUCGAUACGCUUCAAUUAAUGCACAUAACGGAUCAGAACAAUCAAGACGAGAUGAUCUGGAAGCAAUUAGUUACGUUUUUAUGUAUUUUAUAUUGGGAUCAUUACCAUGGCAAGGUUUGCAAGGUACAGCACACAAAUCAAAAUUUGAAAGAAUAGCUGAAAAAAAAAUGCAAACAAGUGCAGAUAUUUUAUGUCGAAAUCAGCCACCUGAAUGUACGUUAUUUGUCACUUAUUGUCGGAAUCUGGUGUACGAUCAUAGACCCGAUUAUAAUUAUUUAAGACAAUUACUACGAUAUUUGAUGAGUCAAAAAAGAUAUCAAUACGACUAUCAGUAUGAUUGGAUUAUAAAAAGAAAAAGUUUGGAAAAUGGAUGGAAAGAAGAAUUAGAUAUAGAAAUAGACACUUAG